GUGCAGGAUGCUGAUGCUGAACUGGCCAAGCUGAGAGGAAAGAAGAAAGGGAGGGGAGUGGAGAAUCGAGGACGGCCGGCCUAGGCAGGCCAAGAAUGCAAUUGCCCUGGUGGUGGGAGCUGGGAGACCCUUGUGCUUGGACGGGACAGUGUCGGGGGACACGCAGGAUGAGCCCCGCAACCACUGGCACCUUCUUGCUGACAGCUUUUUUACUAAGCUGUGCUGAUGGCAUAAGUGGAACAGUUAACUGGAAGACCAAACAGGCCAACAAUUUUAUUAUCAGCAGAAAAAUGACUGCUGGGAAGAAAGAUGUGUACACUAUUUUCUCCAAGGUGCACUCUGAUCGGAAUGUCUACCCAUCUGCAGGUGUCCUCUUUGUACAUGUUUUGGAAAGAGAGUAUUUUAAGGGGGAAUUUCCACCUUACCCAAAACCUGGCGAGAUUAGUAAUGAUCCCAUAACAUUUAACACAAAUUUAAUGGGUUACCCAGACCGGCCUGGAUGGCUUCGGUAUAUCCAAAGGACACCAUAUAGUGAUGGAGUCCUAUAUGGGUCUCCAACGGCUGAAAAUGUGGGGAAACCAACAGUCAUUGAGAUAACUGCCUACAAUAGGCGUACCUUUGAGACUGCAAGGCAUAAUUUGAUAAUUAAUAUAAUGUCAGCAGAAGACUUCCCGUUACCGUAUCAAGCAGAAUUCUUCAUUAAAAAUAUGAACGUAGAAGAAAUGUUGGCCAGCGAGGUUCUCGGAGACUUUCUUGGGGCCGUGAAAAAUGUGUGGCAGCCAGAGCGUCUGAACGCCAUAAACAUCACGUCAGCUCUAGACAGGGGCGGCAGGGUUCCGCUUCCCAUCAAUGACAUGAAGGAGGGCGUUUAUGUCAUGGUUGGUGCCGACGUUCCAUUUUCUUCUUGUUUACGAGAAGUUGAAAAUCCUCAGAAUCAAUUGAGAUGCAGUCAAGAAAUGGAGCCUGUAAUAACGUGUGAUAAAAAAUUUCGUACUCAAUUUUACAUCGACUGGUGCAAAAUUUCGUUGGUUGAUAAAACAAAGCAAGUGUCCACCUAUCACGAAGUGAUUCGUGGAGAAGGGAUCUUACCUGAUGGUGGAGAAUACAAACCCCCUUCCGAUUCUUUGAAAAGCAGAGACUAUUACACGGAUUUCCUAAUUACACUGGCUGUGCCCUCGGCAGUAGCAUUGGUCCUUUUUCUAAUACUUGCUUAUAUCAUGUGCUGCCGACGGGAAGGAGUGGAAAAGAGAAACAUGCAAACACCAGACAUCCAACUGGUCCAUCAUAGUGCUAUUCAGAAAUCUACCAAAGAACUUCGUGACAUGUCCAAGAAUAGAGAGAUAGCAUGGCCCCUGUCAACACUUCCUGUGUUUCACCCUGUGACUGGGGAAAUCAUACCUCCUCUACACACAGACAAUUAUGAGAGCACUAAUAUGCCGUUGAUGCAAACACAGCAGAACUUGCCACAUCAGACUCAGAUUCCCCAACAGCAGACUACGGGUAAAUGGUAUCCCUGAAGAAAGAAAACUAACCGAAGCAAUGAAUUUGUAAUCAGACAAUAUAGCACUUAUAUCUUAUUUUUGCUCUCUUCCAAUAAUGCAUGAGCUUUUCUGACAUAUGGUAUGCAUGUUGACAGUAUCAAGUAUAUACCAAAUAAUACAAUAUAACAUUCAUUUUACUAAUGUAUUUUUUUUGGUACUUAAAGCAUUUUUGACAAUUUGUAAAACAUUGAUGACUUUAUAUUUGUUACAAUAAAAAGUGAUCUUUAAAAUAAAUAUUAUUAAUGAAGCCUGAAGUCUGGCAAAAUUUACUUCAGAAAGUGUUUGAUUGCCUCCUCUGUAGUAGGAAUCUUCCAUUGCUAGGAACAGGUUCGCGUGUUGAUCCUUUCUUUAAUGAGAUUUUUAUUAAGCACUUCCUAUAAUGUAUAAAAUGUCUAUGCUUCUGUGUUCCAAGUGAGCUACCCAUUUACUUAAUACUUUUAUCCUUGUGGCCUGUAAAGCUUGUUGUUUUAGGGUAAACGUGGCCCUUUGGAUUGUGGAUCUGAUGAUCCCCAGUUCAUGAAGGGCAGCCCAGACUGCAUACUUAACCUGACUCUAUAAUCAGAUAUUUGGUUUUAGAAGCAUGCCAGGAGUUGUUACUCAAAAAGAGAAUAGUUACCUGCUGAUGGUGACAUGAAUUAGCUCCAGAACCCCAGGCUUCCCUGUGGUAACACUACUUUCAGGGCUUAGCAGAGUUUGCUUAUACCAUGUUGGUAUAUACAUGCUUCAUGCAUCUUGGACACUACUGGAUCAAUGUGGUCAUCAGGCCAACUAGCAGGCCGCUUUUGUUGCAGACCAGAAAACCUUCUCUUAAUCUGAUCAGGGCAGAUUUCUGUGUUGCCUGUUAAUUGGUCAGAGGAUACACACAUGCUAUCUAGAUCUGAUUCCAGAAUCCAAGAAGGUUCCCUGUUAGUGUUGUGUGCAACUUGUCUUCCACUUAGGGGAAAUAGUCUACCAUGUCCUUGGCAUUGAAACUCCCCCUCCCAGCCACACCUUCCUGGGACUUAACAGAGGAUGUGGGAUCUUUGGUUUUUUAAAGAUUUACCUCAUAUUCCUUUCCAAGACAUCUAGGGUAUUGCCACUCGCUAUUCUCCUGGAUUGAUCAGCUUGAGGUUCUAAAAGUAUUGGGUCAGGGCCAUGUGCUAGGAGAAAGGAAAUGUUGCCACAACUCCCGGCAACUAGACUGUGGCACAGGGUGGAGAGUUAACAAACUGUUGCUCCUGCCAGGUGAAAUCAAACUACUCCUGGUAGUCCAAAUGAGCAGGAACAAAGUAAUACAGGAUCCGCAAAUCAGGAACUGCAGAUCAGGAGUCAGGAACUUUAUUCAUCUGUUCUAGGAAAGAGACUACUGUGGGGAUUGGAAAAUGCAGUUGGAGUUAGCAUCAGUUUUCACACUGACCAUAUGGAGGAAUUGAAUGGGGAUAAGAAUCAUUGGCCAGCAUCUCACAAAUCUUUGAUAAUUGCCUUAAUCUCUGCAAUUCCCUAUAAACCAGUGAUUUUGCCUCUGACUUAAUAUUUCGAUAGGGAAGAAGAUCCACAUAGCUUUCCCAGUGGUUGUUGCUACCUUAGUAGCCCUUACUUUAUGGGUAAAAAAAUGUGGGGAUUCUGCCCCAUGCUGAGGAUUUCUGUCCCAACUAAGCACCCUCAUAGAGGGCAAAUGAGUACAUGGUGAGUUUGGGGUCCCAAUGGUGAACUUAAAUUAGAACACCUUUUUUCAGUAAGCUGUUGCCCUAAAAAACCAGUUGCAAUGGUUGUCUGCACUUUCAGGAACUCAUGAAAACUCAGCUCUAGAUGCCAAAUAUCCCCUAAAAGUUUGUGACUUUUCUUUUUUCCAUGGCCACUCCAUAAAUGAUGACCUUCUCUUUGGGGAAGUUCACGUCUAUAGGUCUACACCAAUGAUAGAAGAGAGCAUUAGGUAAAAAUGUUAAGGCUAAAUUUGAGGCUAAGAGAGUACUUACAGAAUAAUUAAGUAGAAAACAACAUCAAGGCUGGAGCCUCCGAGUACAGAUAUAGCAUGUAGAUGGGGUGUGUGACCUCUGGGUUCAGUGGUCCAAGAUUUGAGCUCUUGCUUCCCAUGUCCUGACUAUACCCAAUUGAGGGGAUGGAUCAAAACUUUCACGCAAACCAUUCUAAGAUGGAGCAGCCUCACAAAUUUGCAUUUUGGAAUUUCUUAUGGAACACUCUUCUAGCUGCUUAUCUGUUGUACACCCAAUAUGUUAAUAUGAGUCAAGUCAUGUUCUGAGGACACUGUGGUGGACAAAACGAAACACAGGCUCUGCCUCCAUGCAGUUUACAUUGUAGUAGGAAAGACAGACAUUCAUCGAGUUGUCAUACAAAUAAAUGUCAAAUUGCAACUGUGAUAAAUACUAUGAGGGAAAGCCAUUGGUGCUAUAAAAGCUUAUCACAGGGGGAUGUGACCUGGUCAUCAGGGUCACAAAAGAUUUCCUAAGGAAGUUUGCUCUGCUAGCAAAAGGAUGAGUAGAAAUUGAUAAGAUGAAGUGGAGUAAAAAACAGUAUUUGAGGCAGAGAGAAGAGCAUUGCUAAGUCCUUUGGGGAGAAGAGUUCCUGAUGAGUGUAGGAGUUUACCGGAAAGUUCAGUGCAGCCAGAGUAUGGAGUAUAGGGAGGAGGUGUUGGGAAAGUGAGACCCAAGAUAACGGGUAGGACCAAACCAUGCAUGACUUUAAAGGCAAAAGCAUUUUAAGAACGAAGGAUGGUGAUGUGGUCAUACUUUGCAUUUUUGUACAAUCAAUCCAGCUGUAAUAUAGAGAAGAGAUAGAGGAGGUGGGCAGAGUGUGAGUGGAUAGACCAGCUAGGAGGCUAUUGCAGAUAUAACUGGAGAAAUAACUUUGGUGGUAGAAGAGAUGGAGAGAAAUGGAGAGAUUCAAGAGCUAUUUAG